AUGAACAGUUUGUUACAAAGUCUCUACAUGAUUCCCGAGUUUCGCGAUGAGAUCUUCAAACGAAACUUUGAAGAAUACAAUUAUCACAGUGAGGACUGGAAGAAACCUCAGACAGGAAUAGAACUGCAAAAGCUUUUCGUAAAAUUAAGCGUCAGUUCUGGUCGAACGGUUGCAGCCUAUGAGUUGUUUGACACAUUGGGUCCGAAAUCGUCUGUUUUGGGCAUCCCGCGAGAUGUUUUCCUCGAACGCACAUUCUUAUUUGCACAACUACAAAAUCCAAAACCAUGGCCAGAAUUGGAUGAUCUGUUCACUGGGAAGGUGAAAAACCGAACGAGAUUUGAAACUUGCAAUCACAUGGUUGAACGGGAGGAACCCUUUGAUAUUAUUCACUUACCGCUACGACCAACGGAGGAAGGUCCAGCGAUGGACACUCUGGAGGAUUGCUUACUUUCACUGGCCAGUCCUACACUAAUGAAAGGAGAAGAGGCGCUGAACUGCACAGAAUGCGGGACGCGUCGAUCGGCUCGAUUUCAAUCGAUCUACUCCAAACUUCCACAUCUACUAUCGUUGCAGUUGAUGCGACACAGACUGGACCCAGGCACGGGUAUUGCGAAGAAAAUGCACGACAGAGUGACUUUCCCGCUGACCAAACUCAAUUUGGAUACCGUGUUUCAGAACCUUGACGGAUACGAGAAGCCGCUGCCGAAAUACGAACUCCUGUCGGUUGUGUCCCACACGGGAAGUUUGCAGUUCGGUCAUGUUAUUGUCUAUGCAAGGUAA